AUGGCCUUCACCUUUGGAUCUACGACCGGGACUGCCGGGAGUAGCUUCUCGUUCGGUGGCGGUGAUGGAUCCACUGGUGCCGCCGCCCCUUCAUUCUCAUUUGGUGCCCUCGCGGCCGCUGGCACCGGCGGAGCUGCUGCCGCUACUCCCUCAACCUCGGCCUUCAGCUUCGGUGGCGCAGCUCCUUCUGCCGCUGCCCCCGCUGCUGCGGCUGCUCCGGCCAGCGGUGGUUUCUCGCUCUCCUUCGGUGGUGCCCCUGCUGGCGGUGCCUCGACUGGUGCUGCCGCCGCGCCCAGCUUCAGCUUCGGAGCUCCUGCCGCCGGUGCGACUACUACCGCUGCUGCCGCGCCUAGCUUUAGCUUUGGAGGCACGACGGCCCCUGCCGCUGCGACCACUACUGCGGCCGCUGCGCCCAGCUUCAGCUUUGGUGGCGCCGGCACCGCCCCAGCGGCGACGUCCGCCACGGCAGCGCCGGCUUCGACUACGAGCUUCAGCUUCGCUCCUGCGGCGGCGACUACAGGCUCAACCACGACGAGCGCCGCUCCUUUGUUCAGCCUCGGCGGUGCGACCUCCUCUUCGACCACUGCCGCCUCGGCGCCUGCGGCAGCAUCGACCGCCGCUCCCUCGACCAGCUUCUCGUUCAACCUGGGCGGCGCCACCGAUACAAGCAGCGCCACCGGCUCAUCGACCACCGCAGCUGCGACCUCGGCGCCCAGCACCUCGUUCAGCUUUGGCGCGGGGACCACAGCCGCUGGCACCACCAGCGCUGCGCCGUCGACGUCCACGACUGACAGCGCCACCAGCACGACUGGCGCUGCAGGCGGAUUCAGCCUGGGCGGAUCGCUCUUUGCGCCUGCCGCCACUUCGGCGGCGUCCACGUCAUCGGCCGCAACCGAUUCAACCACUACAGGCGGAAUUGCGGGACUUAGCUGGGGAGCGGGCUCCGCCGCGGCAUCUUCCUCGUCUUCGUCGGCUUCGACCUCCACCGCGCCCACCUCCUUCAGCUUCGAUGGGCUGGCUACGACUGCGGCAGCCACGCCAAGCAAGGAGACCGCCAAGCCUACCUCGGCCAAAGCUAAGGAAAUCCAGGUGACUGCGGCGCUGAAGAACAAGACUUUCGAAGAGAUCAUGAACAUGUGGGGCCGCGAGUUGGAGGACCAAACAAUCACCUUCCGCAAGCAGGCUCUCGAGCUCUCCAAGUGGGACAAAAUGCUCCUCGACAACAGCGGAAAGAUCAUGGCCCUGCACGGAAGUGUCAAGAAGGUGGAAGUCGCGCAGAAGACGCUCGACUCCAACCUCGAGAUCAUCUCCAGGCAGCAGGAUGAGCUGCACCAGCUGUUGGAGCAAUUGGAGAACGAGGUGGACAAGGUGUACACUGCGCGAACAAGCAACGGGCAGCUGGGCGGCGCUGAUUCCGAAAGAGAGAGCGGAUACGCGCUGGCCGAGGAGAUCAACUCGGACCUCGACCAGAUGGCCAACACGCUCAAGGACCACAUCAACAAGCUCAACGCUGCGCACACCAGCGCCGCCGACUCUGACAACCCCGUGUAUCAAAUUGUGGAGAUCCUGAAUGCGCAUCUGCAUUCGCUGCAGUGGGUGGAGGACAACUCGAACCAGCUGCAUAGCAAGCUCAAGACCCUCCGCACGCAGUUCAAGGCCCACCAGGACCAGCAGGACCACCUCAGGAGGAUCCGAAACGACUACUACUACAAAUAA